AUGGCUGCACCGGCCGCUAGCUUCGACUGGGACGACGCGGAGCUCAUGAGAGCAUGGGAGGCAUCACGACGAACCUACAACGACGAAGAAGCCCUCGAGGAAGAAGAGGCCCUGCUGUACCCAGAAGAGGAGGAGGAAUAUGAAGGGGACGAGGAAGAGGCGGCCAAGGUCGGCGAGCAGGAGAGGACAGUCGAGACUUGGGCAGGGGCUGUGAAUGGAUAUCAGGAGUCAGCUUCCUACCCUGCACCGCACAUGGCAACUGAGAUGAGCUGGAUGCCUACUACAGGCGAGCAUGCCGGAGCUGCUGCAUGUGGAUGA